CCCCUCCCUUCUUUCUCUCUCUCUCUUUCUCCUCCCCCCUUUGCCUCUCUCCUCUGCUCUCCUCCUCACCCUCCAGCCUAAGGAGACAGCUGAGAAGAAAGCAACGACUGCAUCUACUAGAGGUGACGGACAGCAAGGCUGUGAUUCAUGCCUGCGUAGGAACGGAGCUGAAAGGAGCACAGCCGAUCGCUUGCCUUACACAGAGCAUCCAGCAACGCUCCUUGAACAACCAAGCCUGUGGAAGAGCUGAAGCGGCCAGUCAGAGCCAGGUGCAUUUUCAGCACCUAAGUGCUUGCUAUACGGGCACUGUGCCACCCGGAGUUUAUAAACAUCUGUCCUUUGCCCAGCUUCUGAAGUGCGCUAUUUCCCUUUCAUCCUCCAGCUUUCCUGAGACUCGGAACCCGUCAGCCAGCUCGCACAGACUACCUUGGUCCUCAAUUCCAGCUCCUUAACUAACCGUCGGCCUCCCAAGUGAAGGACCCUAGAAAGCAGACAGACCUAGGACUCUAGCAACAGAGCAAAUGGCAUCUUCGGCGCCUUCCUCCUCCUCCUCCUCUUCCAACCCGGUGCCGGACUCCAACCCCACCAACCUGCGCCCAACAACUUAUGACACCUGGUGCGGGGUGGCCCAUGGAUGCACCAGAAAACUGGGACUCAAGAUAUGCGGCUUCUUGCAAAGGACCAACAGCCUGGAAGAGAAGAGUCGGAUUGUGAGUGCCUUUAAGGAGAGGCAGUCGUCAAAGAAUCUAAUAUCAUGUGAGAACAGUGAGCGAGAGGCACGAUUCCGCCGAACUGAGACUGACUUCUCCAACCUGUUUGCCAGAGACCUGCUUCCAGCCAAGAAUGGGGAAGAACAAACUGUGCAAUUCCUUUUGGAGGUGGUGGAUAUCCUCCUCAACUAUGUUCGGAAGACAUUUGACAGAUCUACCAAGGUGCUCGACUUCCAUCACCCACAUCAGUUGCUGGAAGGAAUGGAGGGCUUCAACCUAGAGCUAUCUGACCAUCCUGAAUCCUUGGAGCAGAUCCUUGUGGACUGCAGAGAUACUCUGAAGUAUGGAGUUCGAACAGGUCAUCCUCGAUUUUUCAACCAACUCUCUACUGGACUAGAUAUUAUUGGCUUAGCUGGUGAGUGGCUGACAUCAACCGCUAACACCAAUAUGUUUACAUAUGAAAUUGCCCCAGUAUUUGUCCUCAUGGAGCAAAUAACACUUAAGAAGAUGCGAGAAAUUAUUGGAUGGUCAAGUAAAGAUGGCGAUGGCAUAUUUUCACCUGGGGGUGCCAUAUCCAAUAUGUACAGCAUCAUGGCUGCUCGAUAUAAGUACUUCCCGGAAGUCAAAACCAAAGGCAUGGCUGCUGUUCCCAAACUGGUCCUCUUUACCUCUGAACACAGUCACUAUUCGAUAAAGAAGGCGGGGGCUGCACUUGGCUUCGGAACAGACAAUGUCAUUCUGAUAAAAUGCAAUGAAAGGGGAAAAAUCAUCCCAGCUGAUUUGGAGGCAAAAAUUCUUGAAGCCAAGAAAAAGGGAUAUGUCCCUCUUUACGUCAAUGCAACUGCAGGCACGACUGUGUAUGGAGCUUUUGAUCCGAUACCUGAGAUCGCAGAUAUAUGUCAGAAAUAUAACCUUUGGCUGCAUGUUGAUGCUGCCUGGGGGGGAGGUCUCCUCAUGUCCAGAAAGCACCGUCAUAAGCUCAAUGGCAUAGAAAGAGCCAACUCAGUUACCUGGAACCCUCACAAGAUGAUGGGCGUUCUGUUACAAUGCUCUGCCAUUCUCGUGCAGGAAAAGGGCCUACUGCAAGGAUGCAAUCAGAUGUGUGCAGGGUACCUAUUCCAGCAAGACAAGCAGUAUGACAUUUCCUAUGACACUGGAGACAAGGCCAUACAGUGCGGCCGCCACGUGGACAUUUUCAAGUUUUGGUUGAUGUGGAAAGCUAAGGGCACAGUGGGAUUUGAAAAUCAGGUCAACAAAUGCCUGGAUUUGGCAGAGUAUCUCUAUGCCAAAAUUAAAAACAGAGAAGAGUUUGAAAUGGUCUUUGAUGGUGAGCCUGAGCACACAAAUGUUUGCUUUUGGUAUAUUCCACAAAGCCUCAGGGGCAUCCCGGACAGUGAUGAGAGACGAGAAAAACUUCACAGGGUGGCACCGAAGAUCAAAGCUCUAAUGAUGGAGUCUGGUACAACCAUGGUUGGAUAUCAGCCUCAAGGAGACAAAGCCAACUUCUUCCGGAUGGUUAUCUCAAAUCCAGCAGCUACCAAGUCUGACAUCGACUUCCUCAUUGAGGAGAUAGAAAGAUUGGGGCAGGAUCUGUAAUAACAGUGGGCAAAUCCUUUUUUGCUUUCAUGAACUGUUUUCCAGAAUGGGUUGCUUCAUACCCAGUUCUAGAGAAUACACUUCAUGGAAGUUUCGUUUCUAAAUGUUCCAUUCUCCUGUGGCGCUCUAGAACAAAUCCCUAUAAGUUGCUGAAAACAUAUAGGCCAUUUUACUGAGGGGGGGAAAUAUAUUAUUGUGACGUGUACUGCUAAACCUUAUUUAAGCCUGUUCAUUGUAGUUAGCAGGAAACUAAUAGGUCUUAAGAGAAGUUGCAGAUGAAAAAUUCUUUACAGUAUAUAUGUACAGUUAUAUAUAACUAUAUAUAUGUAUAAUGAGUAGGACCUUAGUAACAAGCAGCAUGUUUUCCACUUUCAGAGAGCCAAUUCUUCCUUCAACAGUUACUGAGGAGGGGCUAACAUGCUGCAAACCAGCUUGCCAAAUGAAAAUAGGAAAGCUUUUAUAAAAUGAUACUUCUGUAGGUAUAAAGGAAAAUACUAUUUAGCAGGACUUAAUCUUACCCUUAGUUAGAAUCUCCUGCUUGACAUAACAAAAUAGGAAAAACCAGAGCUAUUACUAAGAAGGAGCAAGAGAAGCUUUGUCCCAGGAUGCUAACAUUUACAGGGCAUUGAUGGUACUUGUAUUCCUUCAUCAGGUAGAAACAACUGAGCCUAGCACCUACUUAGGAAGAAUAAUUAGUCAAAAUAGGAAGCUGUCAAAUAACAGUAGCUCCCUCCCCCAGUCGGCUUGAAUCCCAGGUGAGCUUCUUUCAAGCCACUUUAUGCUCCAUUUCCAGGUAAUGACCUCACCACCAGCAGCUUCUAGGUGUCCUGGGGUGUCUUCUCCCAAGGGAUCCUGUGUCUUGAGAUCUAAAGUCUUUCUCCAAGGGAAGUCUUCCUCCCACCCGCCCCACCUGCCCCAGUUGAAUUUAUCUUACUGCUUGCCCCAGGCACAGGCAUCUUUUGUUGCUUGCCCUGAGCUCUAGAACUGCUAGUUACAGCUCUGGGAAAGGCACUAUCUGCUGCCCAAAUAGCCACACCCUCUCCAUUAGUGUUGUAGUAGGAGACAGUAGUAGCACAGUCCUUGUUAACAGGUAUAUUCUUGCUGUAUUUUUAGAGAUUACUUUGUGUAGAUUGUGUAUAUUAUUGUUAAAUGACUGGGGGGGAAGGAACACGUCAUUAAUGGUUUCAAUAACUGUUCAAUUGUAGGUAUAUGAAAUAUUUGCUUUAUUUAUAUGCAGAGAUUUACCAUGUUAAGAGGUGUCUUGUAUUUUCUUCCAUUUGUAAUGUAUCUUAUUUAUAUAUUCCUGGAGUAAGUUUGAAAUUAUGUUUAUGGUAUUUUAGUGUAUUUGUGAGCCAAAGAGAAAAGAGUAAAAUUUAGUGAAACUUGCAUUUCUAUUAGAGUGCCCUUAAAAAUAAUCACUUAAGGAUCAUUUUCCUCUCUGUAAAAGGAAUUCUGAUAUUGUACAUAGAGUUGAGUAUAUUGAAAUCCCUUUACUUCCAUAGAACCUUCACCUUUGUUACCCUUAAUGUUUGGCUGUGUGUCCAGUUUUCUGAAUGCUUUUCUAGUAACUCCUGGCUAACAACCAGGGCCUUGUACCUUUGUAGUAGAUCAGGACCAAGCUCUGUGACUAGCUUAGCUAAAUUCUAUGGCAACAUUUUUGAAGAUCCUUACGGAUUCUAGGGGAGCACUGACCAGGCUCACCGCUGUUUUGCAGAAAGAAAAUUUUAGAGUAUCCAUGAGGGAAAUGAAUAAAUAAAAAUGUUCUCCCUGGAGAACUUGGACAGA